UCGUUGUUUAUAUUUUGCAUUUUGCGUUGAAAAUUCUCGUGGAAAAUCAGUGAAAAUGCGAAAAUGAGCGCGAUAAGUGUUGCAAUUCUCGAGGAAAUUGGCUUUGAAGGCCUCGAUGGGAUUACAUUUGAAGCUCUGUGGAAACGUCUGCAGGAGAGAGAUUGCUUCUACGAUCAUGAGAAUUUCUAUGAGACUGUGUGGCAGUACAUCCUCAAGAAUGACAUCAUUUACUUCUAUCAGCUGCCAGAGGAGCGAAAACCCAUCAAAAUUCGCGAUAGAAUGGAUGAAACUGAUGAAGAGGAUUCCAAGGAUUUCUACUCACAGAAUGAUUGCAAAUCUAUCAAGGCAAAUGGAGAGAUGGGAUUUUGUAUGUUUUACAAGGAGAGAAGCCCCAUUGAGAAGGAAAUGCUUCAGAUGAUGAGUGUCCAGGAGAUUCAGCAGCAAUAUGGGAAUACCUUUGUAAUGGUGGCAAGUCAGGAGUACCGGGAAUCCCUGUUGUUCCCAUCAAAUAAGGGCAUGCCGAGUGAGAAUUCGGACACAAUGUACGUGAUGCUGGAGAUUGUGGGACGUUCACGAUUCCGUGGAGAGACCACAAAUGGAGCUUCCAGCCUCCUGACCUUGCUGAAGGACUCCCGAUUGCUGUUCUACUUCAAAAAGAAACUCGGACGAAUGGGGCUCAUCACGCAGCAGCUGUACUGUCGUCACAUCCCAAAUCAGGGAUUAACCCGGAGCUUCCUGCUGCACCUCCCGCGGUUCUAUCGUGAAAACAAAUCCAUCUACUGCCAGACCGUUGAGAAGGUUGUGGACUUCCUGAAGCAGCGCCCCAACUACAUGGCCCCUUACGAUCUCAUACGUGCCAUGCUGGAGAAUGAGCAAAUCAUCAUAACGCCGAAAACUUUCAAAUCCAAAGAGUUCAGCCGGUACAUUGAAACAGACAUCAAGGUGCCCUUCCGCCAGCUCCAUCCGGAAGCCACGGAAGCGGAGUACUUGACGAAGAAUAAGCAGGAAAAGCGCAUCCGGGUGAUGCAGCUGAAGGAUCCACGUGUCGAUGUGGCCGCCAUGUGGCUGAAAGACGAACAGGAAGCGGAUGAGGAGAGUUUCACGGCCACUGGGCCAGCAAAGCGCUUCUUCAACGUACCCCUCACGCGACAGGUGUACUGGGAGAUUGAGAAGAGUGGCGAUAGGGGCAUUUCGCAGUCUGAACUGGGGAAGCUUCUCAAUCUCACGUGGCUCCAGUGCAGGGCUCUCCUCAAGAAUAUGGUCAAGACGCGCAUUGUGAAGGUCUAUACGGCUGAUCAGGGGCGUCAGAGGCUUCUUCGGUACAUCCUCCCAAAGUACUAUGCGGAAUUCAAGGAUCGCCUGGCGAAUCCCGCCGGGGAGGAGAGUGACAAUGAACUCAUCACGGGUGGAUGCGAGGAGUCCUUUGAGGAAUUGGGGCCACAGCAUCGUGAUCAGUUGUUCCAGAGCUUGCUGCAGACGGAUGAUGUUGCUCUCGAGGAUAUUUCCGUGGAGAUUGACGAAAUGGAGGAGAUGCAGAAGAUGCCACGCCUCAAGUUGGACCCAAAACGAAAGUUAGUUACGGUGAAGAUGGUGCAACGCGUGAAGAUGGUGGAGAAGUUGCUGGAGAAGCAUCUCAUCUUCCCGGAUAUGCAUCGUUUGGUGCGAAUUGUCGUUGAUAAGGAGCGCCUGCAGGGGCUGCAUGAGAAGGUUUGCCGGAAGACCGUGGGGAAGAUCAUCUCAACGCUGCGGAGUCAGGGGAAGGCGAACAUUUUUCGCGUUACCCUCCGAUCGGGGGAUGUGACGAAGGUGUUUUGGUAUACGUGCGCCAAGGCAGUGGGGAAGGAUCAUUUGCUCGUGCGUGAAGCUGUUGGGCGUGCCAAGUCCCAGAUGCAGAUGCAGAAAGCACGGAAGGAGGUGGAGAGGGGUGGGGAUGUGCCGGGAGAUGGUGGGGAGGAGACAAAACGCUUCCGGAUGUCAAUGAAGGGUAGUGCAGUGCCGAAGUUUGUUCGUUUGCGCUUGCUGCAUGAGUUCCUCUUCUACGUCAUCUACGAGCUGCCGGGGCAGAGUAAGCCACUCAAUAGGGAUGAAGUGCUGCAAGAGUGGAAGGUGAAGUACCCUUUUGGGCAGGAUGACGUUCCGGAGGAACUGCCGGAAAUCUACAGUCGUGACUACGAUUGGAAGAUGUUUAUUCCGCCACUUGAGCGGUAUAGGACGUACCCGUGUGGAUGGGCAAAUCUCGAGGAUCUCAUGCUACGUGUCCCAUUUACGCUCAUUAUGAAAAUGUACCCAAAUUCAAUGCCCAAUUCCGGGAUUCAGGAGUAUCUCACGCAUCCCAUUAAGAAGAACUAUCUGCUGGUGCAACUUCCGAAGGAGAUGCGGCUGCAUUUGAUGCAAUUCCGGCAACUGAGUACGUAUAUUUAUGAUUUGACGAAGAAGCUCUGCUACAUGGGAUUGGUGCAGAUGGGCCCGCAGGCAACAAAGAGCCCCACGAGUUUGUUUCUCUUUGUCAACCGGAAGGCUGCGAUCAUUGAUACAUCCUCAUCGGCUCCGGGGUACUUUCACAUCGAAGAGAAGACGUACCCAAUGACAAUGUAUGACUUUUCCGUGCUUCCGGAUGUGGAGAAGUACUGGGAGGAGUUGAUGGUGGUUUGCUUCGCGACACGCCUCGGGCACCGGAAGAAUCUCGAAGGGCAGGAAGUUGUGGUGGAGUUUGCGCACAGUAAACCCGAAAUGAUGGCAGCAUUGUCAUCGAGGCGCCCCCUGGAGGCGAUUGAGUUGGAUCAGGGAGAAAUUCCGGGUGAUCACAUGGGAGCAGGUGGACUGGAUUCAACGUUUCACGCGCACAUUAAGAGCAGCUGGAAGGGGAGGAAGAUGAUAAAGAAGGAGAUCCGGAAACCGGUAAAACUGCCCGUUGGAACGCUGCCAAAGGUCAGGAAGGUCUCCUCGUUGACACGACGUCAACCCAAUGUGAUCUCCUACAAGGCAAUGGUGCGUGAGAGACGCCUGACGAAGACAAAGCACGUCCGGAUGAUUUCACGGCGUCCUGUUCCACCGCGCAAUCGUACCGUCUUCUACGAUGAAACGGACAAGCGGGCCAUCUCCAUGAUGAAGACACUCCGGGUAACGUGGACUUCGGAAGAGGAUAACCUCCUCCUACUCUGUCGCAUCGCCUCAAUGUACUUCACAGGCAGGACGAAGAAGCAAUACGUGAAUAGCCAUACAAUCCGGGAUAUUCUCCACUUUCACCUGAAUUCCGUUCACAAGACUUCCAAGGCCUGCACACGACGGAUUCUCUACAUGAUGCGAAAUCCCAGCACAAAGACAAGCGUUGAGUCCUGCUUGUGUGAGAUUCAGGAGAAUGAGAUGAUUAGUCGCAAGUACGGGGAGAACUUCGUGGAGAACUUGAAGAAGUUCUACAGCGAAGAGGAACUCCAAUCAGCCAUAAAGCAUCAUUUCAUCAAUCUCGUUGCAAUUCUCAAUCAGAUGUUCUACAGGCUAUCCCUGCAGGGCCUAACGCGGAUCAAUCGAAGUAUCCCAGAUACAAUUGAGGCGUUCUGGAGUAAGUUCCGGGAAACAAACCCUGAAAAGGGAAAGCUGCGCUACGUUGAUCCGGUAACGAAUGAAGACAUCGUCAUCAGUUCCAUCUACCUGCUCUUCCAUAGUUCAAUGUGUACGACAAAGGACAAGGCUCCGUACAAUUUGCAACUGUUCGAAGUCUACAGGAACUACCCGAAUGAAGUUCUAUCGAAAGCCAUGACGAGAAUUCACAAAGAUCAACUGAUCUCAUCGUGGAAGCCGGCAUCGAAGUCAAAAGUAAAGAAGGUGAUCCCAAUGCAGGCAGGAGCCUUUCAUCUGUCGCAGAUCUAUCAGAAUCAGAUCAUCCAGCAUGUACCGUACUGUAUCUACGAUGAAAUCCGUCAACUCUACGCUCGUCAUCGUGAAGAUUGCGCUGAAUUGGUGGGGAAUGUCAAUGGAGCUUGUUACCUGUUUGGGGAACUCCUUUCGCAACGGCAGAUCAACUUGACGUUCGAACUGCCGAAGAAGCUUCUUGUCUUCAGCAAUAGUACCCCAACGGAUGCACCGUAUGAACGGAUAAGUACCCGCUUUCACAGCAUCCUGAGUCAUAAGCCGAGGUUGGAAAUUGACGGAGGGCAGGAUAAGAAGGCGAAAUCCCAGAAGAAGGUUGCCUGUGCGCCAGAUCACGAUGUCUUCAUCUACAGGCAGUACACAUUUGAGCGUUGGAUGAAGCUUCAGAGCCCCGAAUGUCACAUUUUCUGCUUCCUCCGGCAUGCAAAGCACUCCCUCGAGAAGAUCCAUAAUGCAGCAUUUGAUGAAGUUUGCUCGUUUGAGUGUUUGUUUCAAGAUGGCGACUUAACGGACUUUCUCAGCUGCAUUGAUGACAUAAUGCAAACCGAUGGGAGGAAUGUUGACAAACUCCUGGAUAUUUUUGCGCAGAUCACAGAGAAAAUUGACCGGAGGGAUGUUAAAGACUUGGGGAGGAUCCGUUGUAGGCGUGUUAAUGUGAAUCUGGGUGAAAUUCUACGAGAUCUAAUUGAUGAAACGUCAGAGGAUCAAUCAAAAUGGCUGACGGAGUUCUAUCAGAUGGAUGAGAAUGAGGCAGAAGACGCCAUUCCGAAUACAUGGCAAAUUCGACAGGAUCUCGAUGCAAAUUCCAACAUUGAUGACUUCAGCGAGAAGAGUAAACGUUUUGACAACUACCUCACACUGAGGGAGGUUAAGUUGAGUUUUGACAUUAAGGCAACAGCUCCGGGUUGCUUGGAUGACGACGUGAGGGAGAAACUCCUUGAAAAGGUUCGUCAGAGUAGUAUUCUCAUCAAUCCAACAAAGUCUCUCGAAAUGAUCUUGAUCAGCUUCGGUGGGAGCCUUGAGAAUAGCGCACGACGGAUUAUUGAUGCCAUCAUUGAGUGCCAACAGUUCGGGACAACCUUCACGGCGCUCGAAAGGCGUUUCCCAGAUUGCUCCAGCAGCAAUCUCAUCUACAUCCUCGAGACUUUCCUCCAGGAAUCCAUUAUCAUCACAAUCGGGAUUGUGGAGUAUCACGUGGUGUUCUGGAAGUACGCCCAACCGUGGCUGAUCAAAACCUUCAACUUGACACGACUGGAGCAGGAAGCAGAAGAUCCAGCAGCUGCCCUCCACGAUGCCCCAUCAACGUCAAAGCAGAAUGCGGAAGAUGUGGCAGUAGCAGAACCACCGCCGAAGCGUCCAAGAUUCAGCAAUAGAGCUCCGAGUAUUUCAGUGAGAAAUGUUGAGGCGCUCAAGGAGAAGGUUAAGGGGAAAGAUCGAGAAUUCUUCUACCUUCGUCCCUUCCCGUGGAUUCGUGUCAAUGGAACCCUCAAUAGGCGGGUUUUGGACAAAUGGAUGGGCUCCGUGUUGAUCUUCCUCACAAAGAAUCCCGGGAUUAAUGUUACAAAUCUCGCAGAACGCUUCACCUUCCUCCAUCCAACGCACCUCAGGCUACUCCUGGAAAUUCUCGAAGAUCUCCAAUGUGUUCAGCUGAUCACAGUGAAAGCGCCAAAGACUACACUCCGUAGUUGCUAUCAAUCUCCAGAAAUUGAAAUAUCCCAUAAAUUAGCCCCAUUCGAUCGCACGGUGAUUGAGAUCCUUCCGGAUGCCCUAAUGCGCUAUACCGCCUUCAUUGGCGAACGGAAAUACAGGGCGGACUUCAUUUAAACGCCCACGCGCGCAAAAACUUCUUCUUCUUCUUGUUAUAAAUUAUUCAUUCUUUGGAUUAUCAGACGCAUCGAGGAGGAUGAUGGACUCAUUGGAAUCAUCUUGAACUAGAUGAGUAACAUCCGGUGAGGAAGAAGAUCUUUCUAUACUCCCGGAAGAAGUAGCUGCACCCUCGCCUCUGUCUUUUAUCUCAUCCCCCUCAAGGAGUUGCCUCGAACAGCCUGGACUUGGACUCCGGGAGGAUCUUUUCAUCCUCCCAACUGCUGAUGGUGGUGGAGUGGAAGUUUCCAGCUCAGAUGUCUUUCCUUUUGCUUCUGAUUCCUGCCUCUUUGCAAAGCUGCUCAAUGAAUAAAAAAGAAA